AUGACACUACAACCUGCAGAUCCUCUAGCGGUGCUCCAAACGACGUCAUCACGCGGGUUACCCAGGCCAGCAGAAGAACGGAACAUCCACAGCGGUGCCGUGGAACUGGACAUGGUGUUGACACCAUACCAGAGAUUCUUCCGCGAGUCAGACGCGCGCAGCCCUCACCCCAGCACCUCGUGGAAGAGGAAAGCUCUUGCUGAUGGAACAAGACACUGGCCGCAAGCGAUCAUACCUUUUGAACUUGACGCAGGUUUAGAUGCUUUCCAUCUAAAGUGGGCUAUGGACGCCAUGAUGCAGUGGCAACUCAAAACUUGCAUUCGAUUCCAACAAAGGAAUCUAGCCCUGAGCAGAAAACUCGGUCACAGUGACUUCAUCCGAUUCACUGCAGGAACAGAUUGUAAAACAGCCGUUGGUAAGAUCUCUGGCGGCCAAACAGUUUCCAUCGGAUCAUGCAAUAAAGGUUCCAUAAUUCACGAACUCGGUCACACCAUCGGCUACGUGCACGAGCAGUCGCGACCCGACCGCGACGACAACGUCCGCAUCAUCAUCCCCAACAUAAAACCAGCCAAUGUGAAGGAGUUCGGCAAGUUCAGCAACAACUUGGUGACGACGUUUGGAACACCUUACGACUACAGUUCUAUCAUGCACUAUAGUUCAACGGCAUUUUCCAAGAGCGAUAACCCACUUCUAAUAACAGUCCAAACGAACGACCCACACGUGCAGAUGGUCAUAGGUCAAAGGUCACUGCUCACAGACCGUAACCUGUGA